UCACGUAACCGCGGUCGCAUACAUUGUAAUGCAAUAACCAUGUGUCUUUGAAAUUUAUCCACAACAAGUGGUACGGACUUUUAAGCGGGCAUUUAGUUUGUAGAAAGUUAUAAUAAGUUGCGCAAUGUGUGACUGUUGGGACGAGGAAGACGAAAUCUCGACGCCGAGUUCGCGUUUCGAUUAUUCACAAUCACGUGUGCCAAACAAAGUCAAUUUUGGUCGAAAUCAGAGAAGAAAUUACAACAGAUAUAAUGAUAGACAAAAUAAUGAUAAAGAUUUUGCUGGAGGGUCGGACAAUUUAUUCGAUGACGCAACAACGAUAACUGUGGAUUCGAGAGACUGUGGAAAGAUUAUCGGUAAAGGGGGUUCCGUGAUUCGAGAAUUGGAACAAAAAUCUGGAGCUAGAAUCAAAGUUUGUCAGAGAGAUAGAAGUGAAACUGACGUCCCAGUUGUAAUUUCUGGUUCUCAAGAUGCAAGAAACGCUGCACAUGAAAUGAUAAAUGAUUUGAUGAAUCUAAAUUUAAACAGAAGACAACCAAGAGAAAGAGAUACAGGCUCAAAUGAGAUGAUUAAAAUAGCAAUCCGAAAAAACGACUGUGGAAAGUUAAUAGGGCGGGGUGGAUCAACCAUUAAUGAUAUUCGAGACAAAUCAAAUACAAAUAUAAAGGUUUGCCAAGAUGAUGAAUAUAAUUAUGAAGUUCCGGUUGAAAUAACUGGGACAUCAGAGGAUUGUAAACUUGCAAAGAAACUUAUUCAGGAUUUACUUGAAGAUCGGGAGAACUACAAACCACAAAAUAGUUACAAUGAUUCAGGUCCUGGCAUGACAACAGAUGGUUUUAUUGAUUGGGAUUUUAUGAACAAAGAAUGUGAGCGUAUACGUGAAGAACGAUGGGGAAAAUUGCCGCCUAUUCGUAAAAACUUCUACAUAGAAGAUGACGCAGUUGCUGAUAUGUCAACAACUCAAGUACAAAUAUGGAGAAAAGAGAACUUUGACGUCAGUAUUGCUGACUUAACAGACCAGAAUCGCGAUCUACUAAAUCCAGUGUUAACAUUCGAACAUGCGUUCAGUCACUACCCUGAUAUUCUAACCACCAUUUAUAAACAAGGCUUCACGCGACCUUCGCCGAUACAGUCCCAACUAUGGCCACUUGCAUUGCGAGGGUAUGAUGUGAUUGGAAUAGCUCAAACUGGGACUGGUAAAACACUUGGCUUCCUUCUGCCUAUCUUCAUUCAUAUUGAUCUUCAACCUGUUCCCCGAGAAGAGAGAGAAGGUCCAAGCGCCAUCGUCCUAACCCCAACAAGGGAACUUGCCUUACAGAUUGAGCAAGAGAUUAAGAAAUAUACCUAUCAUGGAAUAAGAUGUGUCUGUGUAUAUGGUGGUGGGAACAGACAGAACCAGAUUAAACUGGUUACAAGCGGUGUUGAGAUCAUCGUGGCAACUCCUGGCCGAUUCAAUGAUUUACUUGGAUGUAAUGUCAUCACACUCAACAGUGCGACAUUCCUGGUUUUAGAUGAAGCUGACCGAAUGUUGGACAUGGGGUUUGAACCGCAGAUCAUGAAAAUACUUCUCGAUAUACGACCGGAUCGUCAAACUAUUAUGACAUCAGCAACAUGGCCACCCGGUGUUCGUAGACUGGGAAAAUCUUAUUUAAAAGAUCCGUUCCAUGUUACAGUGGGGUCACUGGAUUUAGCGGUGAGAGUAGCCUCACGAGGACUUGACGUUAAAGAUGUGACGCAUGUCAUUAAUUACGACUUCCCUCGCAACACUGAGGAAUACGUGCAUAGAGUUGGACGUACAGGAAGGGCUGGUAAAUCUGGAAUAUCCAUAUCUUUCUUUACAAGGAGUGAUUGGGGAUCGGCUAAGGAACUUAUUGCUAUAUUGGAAGAAGCAGAACAGGAGGUUCCAGUAGAAGUACGAGAGAUGGCUGAAAGGUUUCAAAAGAUGAAGGAACGGAAAGCAGCGGAUGGAUCUGCUUAUCGAUCAGGAGGACAAAGAAGGGGAGGAAGAAGAUGGUGACAUCAAUGCUGACAUCAUUCCUAUCAAUCACCAAACUCCGGCAAUUUUUUUUUUCAGAAAACUUUUUUUGUUUCUUGUCUACUACCUCUGUUGAUUGGUUUCAAACUGUGCUUUAAAAAAGCUGAACAGAGUGCUUUCAUUAUCAUUAAAAUUGGGACAACUUUC